AUGUACUACAGGUUUAAGAGCUCCAUUAAAAGGAAGCUGGCAGCCAGGGCUCCGGUGGCAAGCAGCCCUAUUGUCACAAGAUGGCAACAGCUGCACGUGAGAGGCGGUGCAGAGGAGCCGCACAGGGCCUGCUGCAUGACCGAUCUUUGUGCCUCCGGGGGGCCCCAGCUCAUCAGCACACUUAGGAAGACUCCGGUGACACCUCAGGUGCCUAAGAAACUCUCCAUCACAAAAACUGUUGUAUUACCUAGCAGUCAUGCUGCAGCAGGCUUGGAAGGGAGGAAUAACAGGAGAGCUGAAAUGGGAAAGAAACAGAAAUGUCCUUCUCGGCUUCCAGUGGUCCAAGAAGUUGGAUAUAGCAUUGCAGAAAGUGGUGAUACGAAGGUCUGUGAAAAUACUAAUUGGAUCUGGAAAGGAUGCUGAGAGGGGACCCAGAAUGAGUUUAGAGCUGUUACCACCAUGAAGCCUUCCAUACCAUUGGAGCCAGAAGUGAGGCUUCAUAUUACUGGCUUGUGCAAUGAUUACUAUCUAACAAUUCUUAAUUUUAGUUACCAAAAUAUGAUGUCAGACCUUGGCCUAUGUGUCAUCAGUAUAGUUGGAAGCAUGAAUUUCGAGCAGGAAGUUCUUCUGUUUUGUCAUAGGUUUAAUCUUGUCUUCUUUAACUUUAAACCCAUGCUGUCUUUUCUCAUCUACAGUGGUUCAUGACUAGGAUCUAUUUAUGACCAUGAUAUUUGGGUUGCUCAGCACCAUGUUGGGACUCUUUGCCAAAACAAACAAAGCAUUUGCAGCCUGAAAUGGUUGCUAACCAACCAGUUGCUGGCAAGUGGGUCUAGUGAUGGUAUAUUAAAUAUCUGGCCUAGUGACCCUGAUGUGAAUUAUAGUCAGCCACUGAAAACCAUAUCUCAUUCCUCAGCAGUUAAGGCUAUGAACUGGUGUCCUUGGCAGUCCAAAGUCCUUGUUACAGGGGGUGGAAUGAAAGAUGGGAUUUUACAUGUCUGGGACAUAAAUAGUGAGAAAAUAAUCCAAAGUGCAGCUACAGAUUAUCAGAUUUGUUCCUUGCUCUGGUUACCCAAAACCAGCAAACUGAUGACUGGACAAGGCCUUCCUGGAAAUCCGAUUAAAAUAUGGAAGUAUCCAAUGCUUAUCAAUUCAUCAGAACUCUAUGGUCACAAAGGGAGAGUCAUGCAUAUAGCCCUGAGCUCAGAUCAGAGCAGGCUCUUUUCUGUUGCAGCUGAUAGGAUAGCUUGUCUGUGGAAAAGCCAUGAGUCUGGGGAGAGCAAGCACAGCAGCAAGGCUUUUUCUAAUGGUUAUUUGAGCUCAUUCUUGUGA